GUUUUUUUAUUUGUUCUUUCUAAUUAUUAGUAUUAACCCCUAAAUUUAGACUUCAAUCAAUUAUUAUUAUUAUUAUUAUUUUUUUUUGCUUAUAACCUUAUUUUAGUUGCAGAGUAAAGAGGGUUUUUAGGGUUUUUUUAAAGCUUUCUUUUAUAUUCGUUCGUCCCUUCUUCUCCCUCCAAUCUCCAUUGUUGUUACCUUCUGAAAAAACCUCCGAGUUGUGGAAACCGCUACCCCGCUGCGAUGGAUAGGUACCAAAAGGUGGAGAAACCUCGGCCGGAGUUGCCCAUUAACGAGAAUGAGAUUCGUAUUACUUCCCAAGGUUUGGUCCGCAACUACAUCAGCUAUGCCACCAGUCUUCUUCAGGAUAGACGUGGAAAAGAGAUUGUCCUGAAGGCAAUGGGGCAGGCAAUCAGUAAGACUGUGGCAAUUGCUGAGAUCAUCAAGAGAAGAAAUCCUAGAUUGCACCAAGACACUGCCAUCAGUUCUGUGAGCAUCACUGAUACAUGGGAACCUAUUGAAGAAGGUCUUUUGCCUGUUGAACAGACUCGACAUGUCUCCAUGAUCUCAAUCACCUUAUCAAUUAAAGAGCUGAACACAAAUUCCCCUGGUUACCAAGCUCCAGCUGCUGAGCAAUCAAAGCCCCAUUAUAAUAACAAUCAGCAGCAUCAGCAGCAGCAACAGCAGCAACAGCAGCCACAACAGCAGCCACCCAGACAGCAACGGGCGGUGUAUUCUGUUAAUAAUGAAGAUUCAUAUGUGCGAGGGCGUGGCCGUGGGAGAGGCAGGGGACGAGGUUGGAGCAGGGGUGGAUAUGUAAAUUAUCAAGAAAACGGUGGCUAUUCAAACUGGGGAGGCCGUGGUGGUGGCCGUGGUGGCAAUUAUGGUGGCAAUUAUGGUGACAAUUAUGGUUAUCGAGGUGGAUAUGCUAGAGGACGAGGAAGAGGAGGUGGCAGAGGCUAUGGUCGUGGGCGUGGUCGGAUGGGUCCUCGUCCUAGUCGGGAAGAUGGAGGGGACCAGGCAUAGAGUUACACACUGGUGUGGUGCUCUGGCUUGGAUGCUUGCCUGGGUUUUGGUUGUAGUGUGCAAAGUCUUUACAAAAGCAUGAAAUUGUGGGUUAUUUUAAUCUUUGCUGCUUUAGUGAAUGAGUUUAUUACAUGUUUUGUAUGGAAACAAGAGGGCAAGCAUUGUUCCAAAUAUUGGUGUUUUUUAAUAGCCAGUAGCCUAUUUUGAGAUUGAGUUAAUUCAUUUUGAAACCACCAGGUAUAUCUUCAUGUAUCUAGCCCAUAUUCUACAUUUUUUUGCCUUAGUUUUCUUCGCUUCGGGAAGAAUUUGUUGCCCACUGUCUUGGUUUUUCUCAUGCUUUGAGAACUUUAUUACUAUAAUCUUGGAUAGAAACGUUACCUCUGGGGUUAGCCUAAGGUAACUGGUUAGAUAGAUAGUGAGACUGGUGGAUGAUGAUGGAUUAGUCGUCUGAGGUUAUGGAGCAUAUAUGAUUUCAUCUAUGGGCCUAAACUCUUGAGCCUGUAAAGUUUUUACUGUGCUGAGUUUGGUUUGGGUUCGAUCUCCCACGGAAUAGAACAUUUGGGUUCAAAUCAUCCUCAAAUGACGAUAACCAUCUGGCUAUCUUAUUUUGAGAUUCGAGUGUAAUCCGGAAGAAGGAUAUUCCAUCCAAAUGUAGUUGUUCAAGUGCAACAAGAAGUUUUGAGAGGCCAGGAGAUAAGUUUGAUUUAGAAGACUAGUCUCGAUUGGAUAAAAGGAAAAAGUGGAAGAAAGAAGGGAUAUAUUUACUAUUUUGUUAUUUUGGAUAUGUGAAAUCAGAUUAGGAAUAGUGAUAGAAAAGUUAGUAUUGGUGUAUUCUUAACCGAACUGAUACUUUUGUUUUUGGAAAAUUAGGCAGCAAAAUUGUAAUUUCGUAAUCUUAGGCUUUUUAGCCUCCUCAAUAUAUAUAAGAACAUUUGUCCGGUUUCAC